AUGUCACAAAUUGUAUAUUCAAUGAUUUGGAAGAUUGAUCAAAGUAGACCCCUUUCGGAUCAAGGUCCCUUUGAUGUUGUGUUACAUAAGUUAUCUGGAAAGGAAUGGCAGUGUGUAAUUGAGGACUACUGGCAGAUGCAUCCUGAAGUUACAGUUCUUGAUCCUCCACAUGCCAUACAACAAGUGCACAGCCGACAGUCCAUGUUACAAGAUGUUACUGACCUGAACUUGUCUGAUGCCUAUGGAAAGGUUGGUAUUCCCAAACAGUUGGUUAUCAAGAAAGAUCCAUCAUCUAUUCCUGACGAGGUGAGCAAGGCUGGACUGAGGUUACCCAUUGUAGCGAAGCCCUUGGUGGCAAAGUCACAUGAGUUAUCUCUAGCCCAUGAUGAAUACUCCCUCCAGAAGCUAGAACCUCCACUUGUUUUGCAGGAAUUUAUUAAUCAUUGAGGUGUCCUCUUUAAGGUGUAUAUUGUUGGGGAAGCGAUUAAGGUGGUCCAGCGUUUCUCCUUACCUGAUGUUAGUAAUUGUGACAUGUCAAAGAAUGCUGGUGUAUACCGCUUUCCAAGAGUAUCCUGUGCGGCUGCAUUUGCUGAUGAAGCAGACUUAGAUCCAUGUGUUGCUGAACUUCCUCCACAACCAUUACUUGAGCGACUAGCAAGGGAACUACGUCGAUGGCUGGGACUUCGGCUGUUCAACUUAGAUAUAAUUCGAGAGCAUGGAGCUUGUGGCCGCUAUUAUGUCAUAGAUAUCAAUUAUUUUCCUGGAUUCGGGAAAAUGCCAGAAUAUGAGCAUAUAUUUACUGAUUUUCUUCUGAGCCUGGUGCAGAGGGAAUGUGUGGAUAAACCUGUGUAGAAUUUGACUUAUAAUAACAU